CUGCCCAAAUCACGUCAACCGUCGCAUAGAACGCGACCACGACGCUGCAAUUUGUGCAAAAGACACCAGCAACCACGUCUCCAGCAACCGCAUCCAGAGGCGUGCCGUGGCGACGGCGGCGGGGACGACGGAAGCUGCAGACACAGCAAAACACUCGCUACACACAGCAAAACACUCGCUGCAAUGUCGCACAACGCGACUCACACUAUGGACAAGGAGCACGGGGCCACGGCGUCGUCGCUCUGGACGAUCCUCGCGGCCGUGGCGCUGCCGCUCAUCUUCAACGCGCUGCUCGAGCAGUCGCAGAGCGCGCUCGUGAACUACGUCAACGCCUGGGGCAAUUGGCUCGCGGGCCUCGUGGACGGCGAGCAAGUCUCGCGCGUCGUCGAGCGCGUCGAGGUCUUCGACCGCAACGGGUACGGCUGCGGAGGCGGCGCCGACGACGAGGACCGCAACGAGAUCCUCAUCACGGCCGUCCUCGCCUACGCGUCGGCGCAUCCCGUUAAGGGUGAAUUGACGGCGCGCGUGAGCUUGCUGCCGCAGGAUGUCACGCACUCAAACGACGACUCGGACUCGGACGCCGACGAGCCCUACUCCGCGGCCGGCGAGCUGCGGAAAUUAAGGGUCACGACGCGGCCGGCGCCGGACGUCGACGUGACCGUGGCCGAGGCGUCGGCCACGCGGCCGCGCGUGCGCCUCCGCCUCACGCGCGCCUCGAAGACGAAGAAGGCCGACGAGAAGGCCGCGUCGGCGGCCUCGGGGCAGACGACCGUCACGACGACGCUGCGCCUGGCGGCCUGCGGCGCCAAGGCCGAGGAGGCCAUCGACGAGUUCGUGGACCGAGCCUUCGCGUUCCACGCGGCGCGUUUGAAGCGAGCGGAGGACGCGCAGGGCCGCUACAUGUUCACGCCCAUCCCGGACUCUGACGCCUCCUGGAAGAAGUACCGGCUCUCGGACGAGAAGACCUUCGACUCGUUGUUCUUCGCUGAAAAGGCUCGCGUGCUGUCUUCGCUAGACGCCUUCGAGGCCAAGACGGGCAAGUACGAGAUCCCCGGCUUCCCGCACAAAUUGGGAUUGCUGCUCUGGGGCCCGCCCGGCACGGGCAAGACGUCGUUGAUCAAGGCGAUCGCCAACAAGACGCGGCGCCACGUCGUCAACAUCAAGCUGUCCCAGGUCGGCACGAACCAGAAGCUCGCCGACUGGCUCUUCGACGAGCGGUACCACGUCGACGGCGAGGCGACGAAGGUCGCGGUGAACGAGUGCAUCUUCGUCUUCGAGGACGUCGACUGCGUCUCUGACGUCGUGCUCUCGCGCGAGGCCAAGGGCGCCGACGCGGCGCCGGCGGGUUCGGAUGAUCGGUUGUCGCUCGCGGGGCUCCUGAACGUGUUAGAUGGGGUGGUGGAUUCUCCCGGUAGAAUCGUGAUCAUGACGUCGAAUCACCCGGAGAAGCUGGAUCCGGCGUUGGUUCGUCCAGGACGAAUUAAUUUGGCGCUCUACCUCGGCUUCGUCACGGCGGAUUCGGCCAGCGCGAUGGUCAAGCACUACUUCGGCGACGACGGCUCGGCCGUCGGCGUCGCCGUCGAUGCGCUAUCGCGUUUCGACCGGCGCUUCUCGCCGGCCCAGCUCGAGCAUUUGUGCGCGACGCACGCCUCGGCCGCGUUACUGGCGCAGUCCCUCGCCGCGAUCCUCGACCGCGCUCGCGCGGACGCAGACGUCCAUGAGGUCCAAGCUGUCCUCGACGACGUCGUUGCGGCCGUCGUGGCGCGUGCAGACAGCAAGGAGGAGGCGCCCCUCGUUGCGCGCGUUUCGUCGGAGUCGCUCGCGGAUCUGGAGAAGAAGGCC